AUGGCAUCUAGGAGAAUUCUCAAGGAGCUCAGGGAAUUACAGAGAGACCCUCCUACUUCCUGCAGUGCAGGUCCGGUGGCACAAGAUAUGUUUCACUGGCAAGCAACCAUAAUUGGGCCAAAUGAGAGCCCAUAUGCAGGGGGUGUUUUCCAAGUUACCAUCCAUUUCCCUCCUGAUUAUCCAUUUAAACCUCCAAAGGUUGCCUUCAGGACAAAAGUUUUUCAUCCAAACGUCAAUAAUAAUGGUAAUAUUUGCUUGGAUAUCUUAAAGGAACAGUGGAGUCCCGCUCUCACCAUAUCAAAGGUUUUACUUUCGAUAUGUUCGCUACUGACGGACCCGAACCCAGAUGAUCCAUUGGUUCCAGAAAUUGCUCACAUGUACAAAACUGAUAGAGCCAAGUAUGAAUCAAUGGCUCGGAGCUGGACCCAAAAGUAUGCUAUGUGUUGA